AUGGCCACCCGUACCGUUCUUAUUCUCGGCUCUGGCCCCCGUAUCGGUGACGCUGUCUCUGAAAAGUUCGCCGCAGAGGGAUACAAAGUCGCUCUUGUCUCGAGAAAAGGAACGAAUUCGAUCAACGAGAAAGGCUAUCUUUCGCUGCAGGCUGAUUUUGCCAAUACCGAUCCCAGCCUCCUAGCUUCCAUCUUCGACAAAGUCAAGAGUGAAUUCAACGCGGCCCCUAGCGUUGUCGUAUACAAUGCCGGGUCUAUCACUCCUCCGCCUGACGCCGAUUCGGUCUUGUCUAUCCCGAGUGCUCGUGUCACCAACGAUUUGAACGUCAAUGUUGUCAGCCCGUACAUUGCCGCACAAGAGGCCAUCAAACACUGGGAAACUCUGCCCACAGAGGGCAAGAAGUUGUUUAUCUACACAGGCAAUAUCUGUAAUGUUGCCAUCCUGCCUGUACCGCUGUUGCUGAACGGUGGUAUGGGAAAGGCGGCAGCCGCCUACUGGCUUGGUGUUGCUGACGGCGCAUACACAGCCAAGGGUUAUCGAUUCGUUUACGCCGACCAGCGCCAGGACGAUGGCAAGCUUGCAGGCCCAACGGUCAACGGUCCUGCGCAUGCCGAUUUCUUUGCGCAGUUGGCGGCGACCGGGGCGAAUGAUAUCCCAUGGCAUGCGACGUUUGUCAAGGACAAAGGCUAUGUCAAAUUUUAG